CUCCCAUCUCCCUCCCUCCCUAUCUCCAACCUCCUUUCCUCCCAUCGCCCUCCAACGCCACCACCUUCGUUGGCCGCAUCGCCAUGUUCCGGACCUUCUCCAAGCUUCGGGAGGCGGCGGCGCCGCUCACCUCCGCCGCCGUCCGGCGAUGCUCCGGGGGGACAACACCCCGGAUCCACGCCGACGCCAAUUGCCCGCGCUGCACCGCGCAGAUGUCCGUCCAAUUCUCCCUCCAGCCAAUCCCGGUGCCCACGCCAGCCGCUUCCGCUGCCGAUGGCGCCCACCACCAUCACCACCACGAUGGGGCCAGCGUGUGCCCGACCUGCCGAGCGGCUUUCCUGUUCCGCGCCCACCGGAUCGAGCCCAUGCGCGGGGCGUUCCUCGAGAUCCCCAGCGGCGUCGGAGGCGAGGACGAGGAGGCGCACAGGGACGGAUUCGCUAAUCGGAUCAAGAGGAUGCUGUCGGAGCGCCCGCCGGAUGAGUGGCCUCCGAUGCCGCAGCCUCCCCCGAUACAGAUGCCUCCAGCCCGACGUAAACAUAGGAGGAGAGGGAGGGAGGACGGAAGCGGAGGUGGCGGUGGCGGUAACGGUAACGGCGGGGACUCUUCGGGUGGAGAGGGCACGAGCGCUUCCGCUGCGCCGAAGAGGGAGUGGUGGGGAGGCGCGAGCCUGGGGGAGGAGCUCCCGACGCCACGGGAGAUGUGCCGGAGGCUUGACGAGUUCGUCAUCGGGCAGGGCAAGGCUAAAAAGGUUCUAUCAGUAGCUGUAUAUAACCACUACAAGAGAAUAUACAACGCGAAUGUACAGAAAGGAUCUGCGGCGAAUUCUGGGUGUCCAGAAGCUGCUAAUGAUGAUCAAAAUACUGUAGAGAUAGAUAAAAGCAACGUACUUCUGAUGGGUCCAACUGGCUCAGGAAAAACAUUGCUUGCAAAAACAUUAGCGCGUAUUGUAAAUGUACCAUUCAUUAUAGCUGAUGCGACGUCAUUAACACAGGCUGGAUAUGUAGGUGAAGAUGUAGAGUCCAUACUGCAGAAGUUACUGGUGGAGGCUGAAUAUAAUGUUCAAGCUGCGCAGCAAGGGAUAGUGUACAUAGAUGAAGUUGAUAAAAUAACAAAGAAGGCGGAGAGUGCAAAUGUCAGCAGAGAUGUAUCUGGUGAAGGUGUCCAACAGGCUUUGUUAAAAAUCCUAGAAGGAACUGUUGUCACAAUUCCUGAAAAGGGAUCUCGCAAAAAUUCUCGCAAUGAUAGUAUACAGAUAGACACAAAAGACAUUCUUUUCAUAUGUGGUGGUGCUUUUGUAGAUUUGGAUAAGACCAUUUCUGAAAGACGACAAGAUUCAUCUAUAGGAUUUGGGGCACCCAUUCGUACAAAGAUGAGAAGUUCUGGAGUCACCAACCCAACGGUCACUUCAUCUUUGUUAGAGUCUGUUGAGAGUGGAGAUCUGGCAAAGUAUGGUCUAAUACCAGAGUUCAUUGGACGCUUACCCAUUCUAGUUAGUUUGGCAGCUCUCCAUGAAGACCAGCUUGUUCAGGUUCUUACAGAACCAAAGAAUUCGCUGUCGAGACAAUACAGGAAAAUGUUUAGCCUGAACAAUGUUAAACUGCACUUUACUGAUGAUGCGCUGAGAAUAGUAGCAAAGAAGGCCAUAGCCAGAAAUACUGGCGCACGGGGUCUAAGAGCCAUCUUAGAAAGUAUUCUAUUGGAGGCCAUGUAUGAGAUCCCAGAUGAGAAAGCUGGAAAUGAGCGAGUAGAUGCUGUUGUGGUGGAUGAGGAGGCAAUUGGUUCUGUUGACAGGCCUGGAUGCGGAGCUAAAAUUCUUCGGGGGGACGGUGCAUUGGCGCAGUACAUAACAAGAACUAGCGCAAAGAAUUCACUGGAAACUAACGAGGCCGGGGAGUUUGAAGAUGCAUACAUGCUGUCGAGAUUUGUUAGCUUGUAAUUAAUCUGACCAAAUUCGUAUAUCGUGUAAAAUGUCUUAUCCUCACACCCCUGUUUUAACCAAUUUUCCUGUGUUCUAUUUAAUUUCUGCUGAGGUCUGAUCUGACGAGCAGAUGUGUAGAGCGCCAUUUGUUGUAAUUGAUGUAAACAGGAGUUGCCUUUUGAUUGAGCAACCAUCCUGCAAAGCAAAUUGUUUUCCAUCCUUCCGGAUGUCCCCAAACCGGGGCACUUCAGUUGUUGUUGGCAAAGGUGUAAAGCACCAUUAAUCUCUUGACAUACUAAUAAGCAGGCGCAGUUUACUUACCAA